UCUCUUACAAUGAUGGACAUAAGUGACCUUCAUCCUCCAGAUGAUUACAGUCACCGAUUCUUUAUUUGGCACGAAUGGAUUAAGGCAAAUGGACCCCUCACCGCAGAGAAUGUCUUUGAAUAUUUCGCGACCUCGAUGUUCUACGACAAGCAGAGUAAUAACCAAGUGCUACGCAUGCAAACAAUACAUACAGGAGUUCCCCUCGUGAACGAAGCGGAAGAGCUCAAGCGGUUUACUGGCGUCGAAUUCGCUGUAGUGCACUCCCAGCCGCCGUCUCUCUUCAUCAUUCAUAAACGUGAACGGCUUUCUUCUGAAGAAGUGAAACCGCUCGCUGCCUAUUUUAUCAUGAACGACCGGAUAUACCAAUCGCCUGAUAUUUAUACUAUUCUUUCAAACCGUUUGCUUACCUCCCUUCACUCCAUCGAACAUUCGCUGGAAACGUUGCGAAGACAUCGACCAGAUUAUACCCCACGGACAGGUUUUGUCUGGCCAAUUGUGGACCCUUCUUUGUCUAGUGACGAGAACAAAAAGCAAGACGACAGCAACGUUGUGGAUGAUCAAGAGAUGGCUUCGACCUCUAAUUCCAAAGCUACCAACACCUCGGUUCCAUCCAAAAGGCAUCAAAAUAACAUGCUUCUCAUGAAUGCCAUGCGGGCCACUGCGGCACAUUCAAAGGGAACACUAUCAUCCAAUGCGUUGGCCCGCAGCGCGGAAACAGUACUGCCUGAGCCUUCUGCGUUAGUAACCAGCAGGUCUUCCGCGACACCAGCGCCGGCCUCUGCGAUUUCCCGAGGAGCGACGCCGAAGCCGGUCAUUCAAGAGCCGACGGUGAAAGGGCCCCCAGGAGGGGGGAAAAAAAAACGAAAACGGACCAUGAUUGCGAAUCUACCAGAAAACCCAACAUGAGAGUUAUCCUAUACAUAUAACAUUCGUUGCCUUCCCUGACGUCUCAUGGUUCACAUUCUUAGCGCGAUACCGGGGACCGGUUCUCAGCUUCAAACAA